ACCCAGAAUUCAGAUGCUGGCUGAUGGUGGCUGACUGGAAACCGACUUCCAGAUUUCUUACUCUUGCUCAAGGGCCCUCAUCACGUGCUACCUAGAGGCACAGGUCUCUAACCUUACUAUCUGACAGGAUGGCUUGCCUUCUUCCUGCUGCUCAGACACUUCCUGCAGGGUUUCUCUUCCUAGUGCUUUGGGCCUCAGUUCUAGGUGACAAGCUGCUGGUGGUCCCCCAGGAUGGAAGCCACUGGCUUAGCAUGAAGGAGAUAGUAGAACAUCUCAGUGAACGAGGACAUGACAUUAUGGUCCUAGUGCCAGAAGUCAAUUUGCUUUUGGGAGAAUCCAAAUACUACAGGAGGAAAAUCUUCUCAGUUACCUACAGCCUAGAAGAACUGCAGACCCGUUUUCGCACCUUUGGAAACAACCACUUUCUUCCCGGUGCCUCCCUGAUGGGUCCUCUAAGAGAGUACAGGAACAACAUGAUUGUCGUGGACAUGUUCUUUUCCAACUGCCAGAGCCUCCUGAAGGACUCUGCCACCCUCAGCUUCCUCAGGGAGAACAAGUUUGAUGCUCUGUUCACAGACCCAGCCAUGCCCUGUGGUGUGAUCCUGGCUGAGUAUCUCAACCUGCCCUCUGUCUACCUCUUCAGAGGUUUCCCAUGCUCUCUGGAACACAUGCUUGGUCAAAGCCCAAGCCCUGUGUCCUAUGUGCCCAGAUUCUACACCAAAUUCUCAGACCACAUGACGUUUCCCCAACGGCUGGCCAACUUCAUUGUUAACAUCUUGGAAAACUACCUAUAUUAUUGUCUGUAUUCAAAGUAUGAAAUCAUUGCCUCAGACCUCCUCAAGAGAGAUGUGUCCCUACCUUCCUUACACCAGAAUUCUCUGUGGCUGUUACGGUACGAUUUUGUGUUCGAAUAUCCCAGGCCGGUCAUGCCCAACAUGAUCUUCCUAGGAGGGAUCAACUGUAAGAAGAAGGGAAAGCUGACUCAGGAAUUUGAAGCCUAUGUCAACGCCUCUGGGGAGCAUGGCAUCGUUGUUUUCUCUUUGGGAUCCAUGGUCUCAGAGAUUCCGGAGAAGAAAGCCAUGGAAAUUGCUGAGGCUUUGGGCAGAAUUCCUCAGACGGUCCUGUGGCGCUACACCGGAACUAGACCAUCGAAUCUUGCAAAGAACACAAUUCUUGUCAAAUGGCUACCCCAAAAUGAUCUGCUUGGUCAUCCAAAGACUCGGGCAUUCAUCACACACUCUGGCUCCCAUGGUAUUUAUGAAGGAAUAUGCAAUGGAGUUCCGAUGGUGAUGAUGCCCCUAUUUGGCGAUCAGAUGGACAAUGCCAAGCGCAUGGAAACUCGGGGAGCUGGGGUGACCCUGAAUGUCCUUGAAAUGACUGCUGAUGAUUUGGAAAAUGCCCUUAAAACUGUCAUCAACAACAAGAGCUACAAGGAGAACAUCAUGCGCCUCUCCAGCCUUCACAAGGACCGUCCUAUAGAGCCUCUGGACCUGGCUGUGUUCUGGGUGGAAUACGUGAUGAGGCACAAGGGGGCACCACACCUGCGCCCGGCCGCCCAUGACCUCACCUGGUAUCAGUACCACUCCUUGGAUGUGAUUGGCUUCCUCCUGGCCAUUGUGUUGACAGUGGUCUUCAUUGUCUUUAAAUGUUGUGCCUAUGGCUGCCGGAAAUGCUUUGGGGGAAAGGGGCGAGUGAAGAAAUCACACAAAUCCAAGACCCAUUGAGAAGUGGGGGGAAGUGAAGGAGAAGUAUUAGUUCAUUAUCUGAUCAGUUGAAACUUGGAAACAAGUGUUAAAUCCAUAUUGUUUUUGUUAGGGAAAUAAUUCACCAUACAUUAUACAUUCAGCACAUUUAAAAAUAAUAAUAAUAACAAUCUAAUUGCUGGCCACACCCAUCAGGGAAGGUUCUAGUAUAUGUGAUGUGCUUUUCCAGUAUCUUCAGUCUAGACAACUCUUGCCAUCUGUUGGUAAUUUACAGAAAGUCUGGCACUCUGCUUUCAGUGACAGCCCCACAGUUUCCCCUGCUCCCGCCAGCUGACGGCUUUCUCCCCUGGAUUCUCAGACUGCCGUGGCCUUCUCCAGUGUUAGUCAUUCUUCAUUGUGUUCAUGCAUUAUGGGUGGCAAGACCUUUGGAGCUUUGGGAGAAGAGAUGAGGCUGUGACACUGAUGGCCCUGUGUUUGAGAUAAUAAUUGUUGCUUGUGCCGGAAUUUGAUGAAAACCAAAGUAUGUUCUAAGGCAAGUACAUCUUCUAUUGUGUUCCCAAACCAAGAACUUAUCAAUAAAUUCAUAUAAAUUGUAUCACUACUCUUCUUUUCAUUGGUGUUAUAUUUAUUUGUUGUCAAAGUAUAUCCUCUAAUUGUAAAAGCACUACAUGAUCAUGAUGCAGAACUUGAAAACUAGAACAGAUUCACACAGGUAUACAUACACACAAGAAAGGAACCAGCUGUAAUUACAGUGCUCAUGAAUAACCAUGGCUGCUGCCUAGUUUGAUUCUGAGUCUUCCAAAGGUGCAUUGGCUGAUGGCUUGCAGCCUUGCUGAUGCUCAGCCUGUGAUAUCACUGGGAAGUUGUGCAACCAUUAAGUGGCAGUCUAGUGUGAGAAAGCUAGGUCUCUGGAGGUGUUCCUUUGAAGGAGAUACAGGGAUAGAGGUACCUUCUCUUUCUUUGUUCCCAUACUAUCCUGAAACAAGAAGGUUCCCGGACAGUCUCUUUGAGUAUUCUCUUAUCUUACACAGGUCCCAAAGCAACAUAACCACAUGAUCAGGGAUGAAAAGUCUAUAGCUAGCCCAAAAUAAACCUUUGCUCAUGAGUUGCUACAUCUCAGGUAUUUGUUACAGUAACAUAAAGUUUAUUAACAUACCUAUUGUUUUGACAAAUACACAUAAAACAUUACAGACAUUCUGUAUUAGUCAGUUUUGCAUCAGCAUAAUGAAAUAACCAAAGCAAGUAAGUUAAAAGAGAGAAGGGCUGUUUAACUUAGAGGUUAUCUUGCUUUGGCUCAGUUCUGUGAGGGUAACAGAAGGUGGCAUAUCAAACAGGAGCAUGUACAUGAACAAACCAUGAAUUAUAUCUUGAGGCAGGAACAGGGAGCUAGAGUCUGGGCUGUCACAAUCCUCUUUGAGGAAGAUCUUUAAUGACCUAUGGGCAUUUUAAUAGGCCCUACCUGAAAAAAAAAGUUUUCCCUGCUUCUCAAUAGCACACACUGAAGACCAAGCUUUUAUCACAUGGCUCUUUGGGGGCAUUUCAGAUUCAAGCUAUAUAUUCUGACCAAAAGUUCCAAAAGUUCAUGUCCAUUUCGCAAUU